AUGAGGUUCCUCCGCAGACGCCACAUGCCCCUACGCCUGGCCAUGGUGGGCAGCGCCUUUGUGCUCUUCCUCUUCAUCCUGCAGAGGGACGUAAGCAGCUGGGAGCAGGCCACAGAGAAGCCAUGGCUGAAGUCCCUCGUGAGCCAGAAAGAUCACGUCCUGGACCUUAUGAUGGAGGCUGUGAACAACCUCAGAGAUUCGGUGCCCAAGCUCCAGAUCAGGGCUCCAGAACCACAGCAGACUGUGGUCUCCACAAACCAGUCCUGCCUCCCUGGAUUCUAUACCCUAGCUGAACUGAAGCCCUUCUGGGAACGGCCACCACAGGACCCUAACAGCCCUGGGGCAGAUGGGAAAGCAUUUCAGAAGAGCACAUGGAGCCCCCUGGAGACCCAAGAAAAGGAAGAGGGCUAUAAGAAACACUGCUUCAAUGCCUUUGCCAGUGACCGGAUCUCCCUGCAGAGGGCCCUGGGGCCAGACACCCGACCCCCUGAGUGUGUCAACCAGAAGUUCCGGCGCUGCCCCCCACUGCCCACCACCAGCGUCAUCAUUGUGUUUCACAAUGAGGCCUGGUCCACGCUGCUGCGAACAGUGUAUAGCGUCCUCCACACCACCCCUGCCAUCAUGCUGAGGGAGAUCAUACUGGUGGAUGAUGCCAGCACUGACGAGUACUUGAAGGAGAAGCUGGAGCAGUACGUGACACAGCUGCAGGUCGUGAAGGUGGUGCGGCAGGAGGAGCGGAAGGGGCUGAUCACCGCCCGGCUGCUGGGGGCCAGCGUGGCACAGGCAGAGGUGCUCACGUUCCUGGAUGCUCACUGCGAGUGCUUCCACGGCUGGCUGGAGCCCCUCUUAGCUCGAAUUGCUGAGGACAAAACAGUGGUGGUGAGCCCGGACAUUGUCACCAUUGACCUUAACACUUUCGAGUUCUCCAAGCCUGUCGAGAGGGGCAAAGUCCAUAGCCGUGGCAACUUUGACUGGAGCCUGACCUUCGGCUGGGAGACUCUACCUCCACGGGAGAAGCAGAGGCGCAAGGAUGAGACCUACCCCAUCAAAUCCCCGACGUUUGCUGGUGGCCUCUUCUCCAUCUCCAAGUCCUACUUUGAGCACAUCGGUACCUAUGAUAAUCAGAUGGAGAUCUGGGGAGGGGAGAACGUGGAAAUGUCCUUCCGGGUGUGGCAGUGUGGGGGCCAGCUGGAGAUUAUCCCCUGCUCUGUGGUAGGCCACGUGUUCCGUACCAAGAGCCCCCACACCUUUCCCAAAGGCGUCAGUGUCAUUGCUCGCAACCAAGUGCGCCUGGCUGAAGUCUGGAUGGACAGCUACAAGAGCAUUUUCUAUAGGAGAAAUCUGCAGGCAGCAAAGAUGGCCCAAGAGAAAUCCUUUGGUGACGUUUCGGAACGACUGAAGCUGAGGGAACAGCUACACUGUCACAACUUUUCCUGGUUCCUGCACAACAUCUACCCAGAGAUGUUUGUUCCUGACCUGAAGCCCACUUUCUAUGGAGCUAUCAAGAACCUUGGCAUCAAUCAGUGCCUGGAUGUGGGUGAGAACAACCGUGGGGGGAAGCCCCUCAUCAUGUACUCCUGCCACGGCCUUGGUGGCAAUCAGUACUUUGAGUACACAACCCAGAGGGACCUUCGCCACAACAUAGCAAAGCAGCUGUGUCUACAUGCCAGUGCUGGCACUCUGGGCCUUAGGAGCUGUCACUUCACUGGCAAAAAUAGCCAGGUCCCCAAGGACGAGGAAUGGGAAUUGACCCAGGAUCAGCUCAUCAGGAACUCAGGAUCUGGCACCUGCCUGACAUCCCAGGACCAAAAGCCAGCCAUGGCCCCCUGCAAUUCCAGUGACCCCCACCAGCUCUGGCUCUUUGUCUAG